AUGGACCAGGUCCUCAAAGCCCGAAAGAUGAGCUCUGCCUCUGCUCGGAGGAAAAAGUUCCAAGAACGACAGCAGCAACAGGCUCUAGAUCGAGAGAAGCUGGCUGAACACAAGAGGAGGAUUUUGAUGUAUGACCAUAUGGCGGAACAUGUGUCCGACCCCGCGCAUGGCCUUGACGGAGACAGUUCUGCAGAUGAAGUCGACAUGGACGCUGAGCGCUUUAAUCGAGAGUCAUCUGUCGAGACACCUUCGGAGAGGAGCGUUUUGACCCCGGACGACAUGGCCUUGAACAGAGCUCCCUUUGGAAAACCACCCUCACCCGGGCCACUGCAGGUGGCAGGUCUCAAAAUACAGAUACCAGAUGAGGAGGAGGUCCUUCAACAGAUGGAGGUCGACGAGGUUCGUGUUAUCGUGCCACCUUCUCCGAAGCCUGUUGUCCAAGCUUCCCUGGCUUCCUGGUCCGACUUCCGAUACGACCGCUAUUCGGCAGUCCUCGACUCUCCACUAUUCGAAGCCCUCAGCCCUGAGUUCGACAAUGAGGAAACCUUCUCCCCAAUUGAAACAGCCACGCCGAUAUCCUACCAGCAGCCCAAAUCCCGACCUUCACUGAUAUCCAUAGUCAGCAUCACCCACCGAGGCAAACGAAGGACGGCCUCGAUGCAGAGCCCUCUGUCGCAGACUGUGGCUCAAACGUCGGAUCGACCAUUGAAGCGCCAGUCGAUGAGUAGUGUGCGUUCUGGGUUCCCUGCGGCGGAAGCUACUCUCGUCGAAGUUCCCAACCUUCCCGCCAAUGCUUUCGAACUCAUCGCCAAUGCUAGCCAGGAAUCGCUACUCUUGUCCACGAAGGAGUCGACCAGGUCAAAAGCCGAUAGGAAGUCCAGUAUGCCGCGGCUGUCGACUGCACUGAGCCACGCACGCAUGAGCAGUAUCAAAAGCUUCAUCAAAACGCCUACGACUGCGACGACGCCUCUCCCACAGACGCGAUCAUCGUCUCGGCCUUCAAGUCAUGUGAGCAGACCUUCCACUGCGAGUACGCCUGGGUCGGACGUUUAUUAUGUGAUGAAAAACCCCGCCGCAUCAACGAGCUCGGGAAAUCUCUCCUCGAUUACUCGCCCGCUCACUUCUCAGAAUACUUCACACGCAACGAUGGGGCCCACAGGCUCUAACAUGACGGCUCUACCAACCCUCCCAACUCCCCCAGCCGACGAAGAAGCUUCUGACCCGUUCGCCACUAGACCAGCGAUGCAGAGGAAAAAAUCUUUCUCGGCACUCCGGAGACGAAGUGAAAGUAUUGGACAAGCCAUCAAAGGAUUGGGCAAGAUUACGACCAAACACGAUGUUCCAGUACCAACAAAUCCAGGUCUGAUGACCCCAAAGAAACCACAGCCAUUUGAUUUGGGUCAAUUCCCCACUCCGCCCUUACCUUCUCCUCGGACUGGGAAAAGUAGUGCAGGCUCAUUCACUUCGACCAGGGUCAUGAGUAGUGGAGGUCAUAUAGGGCUAGGUCUGCGGAGUAUCGAAGGAUUCGCCCAAAGGUGA